AUGUCACUCAGAGUACUCAUCCUCGGUAAUGGGGGUAGAGAGCACACAUUAGCCUACACACUCGCAGAAUCUAAACUCGUAGAAUCUAUCGUCGUAGCACCGGGAAAUGGUGGUACUGCAGAUAUCAAAAAGUGCAAAAACUUUGAGUGCGGCCACGCACCUAAGGAUUUCGCCAGAUUAGUUGAAUACGCGGUAAACAACGACAUAAACUUGGUAAUUCCAGGUCCUGAACAGCCAUUAGUUGACGGUGUAGAGACUCACUUUAGAAAAGCUGGUAUCAGCGUCUUCGGUCCAUCACAGACAGCUGCACAAUGCGAAGGUAGCAAAACAUUUGCUAAGGAUUUCAUGGCUAGACACAAUAUACCAACAGCUGCAUUCCAAAACUUCACAAAAGAUCAAUCACCAGCAGCGAAGGAAUACGUACGUCAAUCAUACGCAAAUGGAAUUAGUUUGGUCGUAAAAGCAGACGGUUUAGCAGGUGGAAAAGGUGUUAUCAUGCCAUCAACAAUGGAAGAGUGUCUCCAAGAAGUCGAAAACGUACUCGAAAAGCAGCAAUUCGGUGCAGCCGGUUCUUCCCUUGUCUUAGAACAGCUCUUAACUGGUCCAGAACUCUCUGUUUUGGCUUUCACUGAUGGUUACACUGUACACGCUCUCCCUGCCGCCCAAGACCACAAGCGUAUUGGUGAAGGUGACAGUGGUCCCAACACCGGUGGUAUGGGUGCAUACACACCUGCCCCAGCUGAAACUCCAGAGGUACGCAAGGAAUGCCUUCGUAUUAUCAAGAACACCGUUGAUGGUAUGCGUAAAGAUGGUUUCCCAAUGGUUGGUAUGCUUUUCACUGGUUUCAUGGUCGAUCCAACUGGCGUCAAGGUUCUUGAAUAUAACGUUAGAUUUGGUGACCCAGAAACACAAGCCCUUUUACGUCUUUUGUCACCUGAAUCUGAUCUCGCAGAGAUUAUGAAGGCCUGUGUUGACCGUCGUCUUGACUGUGUUAAAUUCUCACUUAGAGAAGGUGAACACGCAGCUUCUGUUGUUUUAGCAUCCGGUGGUUACCCAGGAAAGUAUCCAACUGGUGUACCUAUCAAGAUCAAUGAUUUACCUAAAGAUGUUGUUGCCUAUCAUGCUGGUACAGCUAUCAAGGAUGGUCAACUCGUCACAGCUGGUGGAAGAGUUCUUGCUGUUUCUGCAUUCGGCUCCACCCUCAGAGAAGCCCUUGAUAAGGCUUACAAGGGUGUAGAUGCUAUCGAAUUCGAAGGUAAAACUUUCAGAAAGGAUAUUGCUCAUAGAGCACUCAAGGAGAACACCGAAGAAGGUAUGACCUACGCCCAAGCUGGUGUAUCCAUCGAAGAGGGUAACAGACUCGUUGAUCUCAUUAAACCAACUGUGAAGGCAACUAAGAGAUCAGGUGCCGAUGCUGAUAUUGGUGGAUUUGGUGGUGCCUUUGACCUCAAAGCUGCUGGUUUCAAGGACCCUAUUUUAGUUUGUGGUACUGAUGGUGUAGGAACCAAGAUUAAAAUUGCUCACAACACAAAGAUCCACGAUAGCGUUGGUAUAGAUCUUGUCGCUAUGUCUGUAAACGACCUUAUCGUACAAGGUGCUGAACCUCUCUUGUUCCUCGAUUACUACGCAUGCUCUAAGUUACAGGUCGAUGAUGCCGCUGCGGUUAUCAAGGGUAUUGCAGAGGGAUGCAGACAAGCCAACUGUGCUCUCAUUGGUGGCGAGACCGCGGAAAUGCCAAAUAUCUACACAGAUGAUGACUACGAUCUUGCCGGUUUUGCAGUUGGUGCUGUCGAGCGCCCAGAAAUUCUUCCAAAGGAUAACAUCAAGGAAGGCGACGUUCUCGUCGGUGUUUCCUCAUCUGGUAUCCACUCCAACGGUUACUCACUUGUGCACAAGAUUAUCGCACAUGCGUUCGGCAGUGAUAUCGAUUACCGCAGCAUAAAAGCGCCAUGGGGCGAACGUUCAGUAGCUGAAGAAUUACUUACUCCUACUAAGAUCUACGUUAAGUCAACCCUCCCAGUUAUUAGAGAGGGUUUAAUUAAGGGUAUGAGCCACAUUACCGGUGGUGGAUUCACUGAAAACAUCCCACGUGUACUUCCAAAAGGCUUAGGUGCUAUUGUGGAUGCUAACACCUGGAAGCGUCCAGCUGUUUUCGACUGGUUGCAAAAGAAUGGACGUGUUGCAUCAAAUGAAAUGGCACGCACAUUUAACAACGGUAUUGGUAUGGUACUCGUCGUCGACGCACAAGAUGCCGAAAAGGUAGUACAAGGAAUCAAGAACACAGGUGAAAAUGAAGUACAUGUUAUCGGUAAAGUCGUACAAGGUACUGAAGUUGAAGUUGUAAAUGUUCAAGGUUGGGAGAAUGCUUAA